GCAAAAUCUCGUAUGGAGUAGUCUAUAAAAAGGAAGAGAUGAGUCGCGAACACAAAUCUCUCUCAUGAUUAGAAGUAGUUACGAACGUACUUUCGGUUCUUCAGCUCAAUCUUAACAGACAAUAAAAGCUUCCUUUUUCCUCUUACAUUACCAAUCAACAAUUUCAGGUAGCAAUCAUGGCAGGUAUGGCACCAGAAGGGUCACAAUUUGAUGCUCGUCAAUAUGACACCAGAAUGAAAGAGUUGCUGUCAGCUGAUGGACAGGAUUUCUUUACUUCAUAUGACGAGGUUCAUGAUACUUUUGAUGCUAUGGGUCUACAGGAGAACCUUCUUAGGGGUAUUUAUGCUUAUGGUUUUGAAAAGCCCUCUGCAAUCCAGCAAAGGGGUAUUGUUCCAUUCUGCAAGGGUCUUGAUGUUAUUCAACAAGCUCAAUCUGGAACAGGGAAGACUGCUACUUUCUGUUCAGGAAUUCUGCAGCAACUUGAUUAUGGUUUGGUCCAAUGCCAAGCUCUAGUUCUGGCACCCACUCGGGAACUUGCACAACAGAUUGAAAAGGUUAUGCGAGCUCUUGGUGACUAUCUAGGUGUGAAGGUUCAUGCUUGUGUAGGUGGGACCAGUGUUCGUGAGGAUCAGCGCAUUCUUUUAGCUGGCGUUCAUGUAGUUGUUGGCACCCCUGGUCGUGUUUUUGACAUGUUGCGAAGGCAGUCACUUCGAUCAGAUUCCAUUAAAAUGUUUGUGCUGGAUGAAGCAGAUGAAAUGCUGUCACGUGGUUUCAAGGAUCAGAUAUAUGACAUUUUUCAGCUUCUACCUGCCAAAGUUCAAGUAGGAGUUUUCUCCGCUACCAUGCCACCUGAAGCCCUUGAAAUCACUAGAAAGUUUAUGAAUAAGCCAGUCAGGAUUUUGGUUAAGCGUGAUGAAUUAACUCUUGAGGGAAUUAAACAGUUUUAUGUGAAUGUUGAAAAGGAAGAGUGGAAGCUUGAAACUUUAUGUGAUCUCUAUGAGACUCUAGCCAUCACCCAGAGUGUGAUUUUCGUGAAUACUCGACGCAAAGUUGACUGGCUUACUGACCAAAUGAGAGGCCGUGACCACACAGUCUCAGCUACGCAUGGAGACAUGGAUCAGAAUACCCGGGAUAUAAUAAUGCGCGAAUUUCGCUCUGGUUCUUCUCGUAUUCUCAUCACCACUGAUCUCUUGGCUCGUGGCAUUGAUGUCCAGCAAGUAUCUCUCGUCAUAAAUUAUGAUCUUCCAACUCAGCCGGAGAACUAUCUUCAUCGCAUAGGAAGAAGUGGACGGUUUGGAAGAAAAGGAGUUGCUAUAAAUUUCGUGACAAGGGAAGAUGAGAAAAUGUUGUUUGAUAUUCAGAAGUUCUACAAUGUGGUUGUUGAAGAACUUCCACAAAAUGUUGCUGAUCUCCUUGGAUGAGGUUGAUUUUGGCUUUUCUUAAAUUGAGCAUGGUGGACGCGUCUGUCAAGUGUCAACUUAGCGGUUCAGCCUGGCGGACGCAUGCCACUCCAAAUUUUGUUGCUUGUAGGGAUUGAUUCUGAAUUGGCAUUCUUUUGACACGCCAAAUUUUGUCUAAUACUACUAGCAUUUAUUUUUGUA